CAGGAAAGCGUGUUAGGUAUUGCAAUCCAUUGGUCGUUAAUGUACACACACUGCACGUCACCCUGGUCCCUCACACCUCUCACACCACACCAGUCAAUCACCACAUCGCCCCCUAUCAAUCACCUCCUCCCAUGGUAGCUACCAUCACGAUACCCCCCAUCCCUCUCCCACCCAUCCCUCUGCCGAUAUCUCCGAUCACGGUUACCGCGCAAAUCGCGGUCAGGUGUGUGGCGGCGCCUGACGUCACGGUCUUGCACGGGCUGCCGACAGGGCGGCGGGGCAUAAAGCUCAAUCGGCUCCUCCUGAACAACCACAAGAGACAGACAGAUGCAUCCAUAGAGGUGGAUGGAUGGCAGGCCUGAUCUGUGUGUGUGUGUGUGUGUGUGUGUCUGUAGGUGAUGAGUGCGACUGACCAGUCGUCGCAGCCGCUCUUCCUGGUCAUCGCCUCCCCAGCUCGGGUGCUCAUCAGGCCCGCCAUAGUGAGAGCGGGUCUCCCGGUCCCGCGGCGCCCCUGCUGGCACAUCCCUCCGGCCCCGUUCGCCCAGCUCAGGGUCGACCAUGUCUCUUCCCGCUCUGCUCACGUUGGUGCGGGCCUCGUAGGUGUCCUCUGGUGGCCCGGGCUGAUAGUCCUGCUGUGGAUGGCGAACUUCAUGCCGGCGUUCCGACGACCUGUGCGUAUGUGCCGAGCGGGCCUCAUUACUGCGGCGGGGAGGAGGGAGGAGGGGAGGGAUUGGAGAGUAGGAGCUGGAGGGAGAGUCAUCGCUGUCCUGGUUGGGGGGAGACUCGAUGAGGCUGAGAGUGCGGUCGACCAUGCCGAGCAUGGCAUUCAGCUUGUGGAUUUGCUCAACAACAGCCGAGUUCUGCGGGCCCGAUCUCAGGUUGCGCAACUGGUCCAAUAGGAGCUCCCUGUGAUACGCUGUCUCCAGUGGCUGACUAUCCUGACGCGAGUGACGAGAGAAAGACGAGCCCGCACUGUCGCGCCUGCCGAGGACAGGUGGUGGGUCAGGACGGUGGAUCGCAGGUGGGUCAAGCAGGGGGUUGGCGGGCCGCUCGCGAUGGUCACUGCCACGGCUGGGGCGGGCAUCACGAUCGUCGUAGUAGUCACGGCUGCGCCGGUCUUGCUCGCGACGGUCCUCCACCCGACCACCUCCCAUCCGAUAUUCGUCACCCGGCAGCUCACGGUUUCGAUAACCAGCACGACGGCGAUCCAUCGGCUCGCGGGGCUGGUAGGGGGGGUCUCGGUCAUAGCCCCUCUCCCUCACAUCGUCCCGUCUGCUAUUAUCAUGUCUGUCGUAGUCCCUCUCCCUCUCGUCUCGCCGCUCACGGUCCCGAUCGCGAUCGUGAGGCGACUCCCGCUGUCUCCUGCCAUAGGCGCGGGUAUCCUCGACUGGCCCCUGCUCCCUCCUCGCCUGCGCUCGUGUGUCCUCAGGUGGCAUGUCACUCCGAGAAACGACGCUUCUCUCAGGCGACUCCCAGUCAUGCCGUUGGCUGCCAUGCGAGCGGAGGUAGAAGUGAUCGUGGCGGUCGUUGAGACGCCUCCCGUCUGCAGGACCUGGCUCACGGUCACGCUCGGGUGCACGUCGAGUGGCCGUCGGUCCGGUGGGUUGAGUCAGCUGGGCAGCAGCUCCCCGCUCCGCGACGACGGAUACCGACUCCAGCUCAUCGGUGUUGACGGCAGACGGCGGCCCCCCUUGUCCCUGAGCUGGCGGCGACGGCCCUUGGAAGGGCAUCUCCGGCAUCUCUCCCAAGUCUCGCACCUCGGGCAUAUCUCGCACCAUCUGUGGCGCCGGCUCUCGCCCCACCGCGGCAUUCGAGUAGACCUCCCACACAUCGUCAAGAGACUCGUAGUUGGCCGUGCAUGGAGCGGCGGGGCCAGCUGUGGGCUGGUCUGGCGACACACUGAGAUAGCCGGCCGGAGGCGACGCCGCCAUGUCGAAAGACGAAGGGGCCGGCCUGGCCUCGGCUUUCGCCUUCGGCUGUGGAGACGGUGAGGAGUCCAAGCCGCUUCCACCUGCCGCCGCAGACACACCUGCUGCACGACCCUGCUGGCCCAGGCUGUGCCGAACGAUUCGCCGGGCAGCAGCCUGGUCAACGCGAAUAAUGAGGGGCGGGGUAGCCCGGCUGGCAGAGGGGACUGCCUUGGGUGCAGGAGAAGGGCCAUUGUCUGGCGCAUCCUCAGACAAUACCCGUGGCGGCAGGGGAGGCCUGCUGUUGCCGGGCGGCCCACGGGGGAUGGGGGGACUUGGGGUCUGCUGCUCAAGAGAGAGGCGCUGCACCCUGUCGGAGAGGCGGUCACGCUCGAAGGCUGAACAGUAGGACCCAAACAGAGGGGCGGGAGAGCGCUCGGGCAGCUCUGAUGUUAAUUACCCCACACCAAGGAAGGCAAGCAAUCCAAACCAUCACCUAGGUGUGCGGCCAGCGUACCUUCAUCAGGCUCGAACGCAGACAUCGCCUCAUCGUCGCGGAUGCACUCAGACGGCGGGGGGCGAAAAGCGUUCGGGUUGUGCCGGUAGAAGUUCCUGUAGCGCUGCUUGAGCACCUUGAGCGAGUCACCGAAGAACACCCAUGGGAACGACCGGAAGGUGUGCGAGCGAUCUCCCGCCGUCGGCUCCGACGUGUCGCUGGUGGAGCGGGGGAUGUUGGCAUCGACUCUGUGGGGUCGUGGAUGAUACGCUGCGAUGAAUGCCGCCGAUGCGCGGACCAGCAUGCGCUCAUUGGCCCGCUGCCGCUCCUCAUCGCUGGCACCGAUGUCGCCCCCGUCGUCGAAGAGUCGUCGCUUCGUUGCGUCCACCUCGGCCCGCAAGGCAUACGAGAGCUGAGAUUGAAGGCAGAGGAAUGGUGUGGUGGACAUGCAGUGGAUUGAGGUACGUAUUUGUGGGAGUUUGUGGCCAUCUGACCUUGCUGGAGAGAUCACGGUCCUUCUUUUGUCUGCCGUGGACGUGUGUGAUGCACCCGGUGAGCAGCUGCGGACAGAGAGACAGGGCGUCAAUAUUGGUGUAGUGUACCUAUUGUAUCAUGUGUUGUGUCGUGUUGUGUGGGGUAGGUACCUCGCUCUCUUCCGCGAUGCCGUACUGCUGCAUGAGGUGCACCACCUGACACAGACAUGACACACAGACAUUCACCAAGCAGAGAUGAUGAUGGUCAGCAAGUGAGGCUCUCCAUCCGUCCCGCAUGCCUGCCUGCCUGCCUGCCUGGAUGGAUGGAUGGAUGCCCACCUUUUGCCUCCAUCGGUUGCAUUCCAUGCGCAUCUCAUCCACAUGGUCCAUGGCGUCCUUGUGCAGCACGUCGGGGUCGACCACACCCGGCGGCAUCGGCUCAUUCUCCGGCCAACGCCACUCAUCCGCGUCCGCAUCCGCAUCAUCCUCCUGAUCGCCCUCAUCACCCCCACCUCCCAAAGCAUCGGUCUGUGGCCUGUCAGGGCUCUCCGUGGCGGGCGGCGGCUGCUCGACUGUCUCGAAGAAGACGUCUCGCGGCAUCCGCAUCUGCGCCCCAUCCACAUACACCAUGGGGGUGUCGUCAUCGUCAUGCUCCUGCCGGCCACUCAUCCGGGCACGAACUCGGUUCUUCAUCCAGCUGACGAUUGCUGCUGCAGACGGCUGGUCUCGCCGCAGCAGGUAAGUCGCUGGGCCAGCACAAGCGGCGGCUGCUGGUGGGUCAGGUAUGGUUAUGUCGGGUGUGGGGGUGGUGGCGUCGCGCUGCUCGGGAGGGGAUGACAUGGCCUCCGACGUGUUGUCGCUGACGUCAGCGUCACCCAUCCGCCCAGCAGAGUCGUCGGGGGUGCGUUGCGACAGGCUGUUGCUACUGGGAGCGCUCGAGACGUGGGAGGGUCGUUGGGUGCGCGUGGGCGGCCGCGGUGGAGGUCGGCGGCGUGUGAGGGGUGUGGGGCGCUUGACGUAGAAGUCGGUUACUUGGUAGAGCUCGCAGAAGAAGAGGGACGCCUGGAGGCUGGUGAAUCGGACGUCGUAUACGUGACGCUGGUCGCUGGCCUCUGGCUGGAACGGCGUGAUGGCGGGACGCCUGAUGGGCGCACACAAUAGGGUGAGGUGACAGAGGGGCGGGCGCAGUGGUUGUGGGUGGAUAUGUCGCUUACCCUCCCAGGGAUGACCGCUGGUCGGUUCUCCGUCGGUCGAUGCCGCUGAUGGGCGUGUGCUCCCGCGUGAUGCCGUGCAGGUGCAGGUAUCGCGUCAGUGUCCUCCGCAACUCGUCCUGAGAUCGCAAUACAGACCACAAGCGCACACGUCCCCUUCUACUCGCCGCUGUAGCGUGUUGCCCACGCACCUUGUCGAGGGAGCAGUGUUCGACGGUGACGGCGAAUGUUUUGUUGUAGAAGUGCUCCAUCUGGGAGAUGGCGUCGAAGAAGAAACUACGGCUGUCAGAAUCUGCAUAACCACACACCACACCGGGGAGGGGAUCAGCACCCCUCUCUGUCAUUGGCAUGAAUGUGUGCACACCUGUGGAUGUUCGCGGGGCGCCCCGUGCGUCUGUGGGCUCCUUGACGUCGAAGGCCUGCAGGGUCUUCUCGUCGGCUGUGGCGUCCGACCUGGCUUUGAGCUCGCUCCAGCACACGUCGAAGCACGCCGCUGCCUUGACCGUCUGCGCACACACAUCCACACACACAUCCAUCCAUCCACCCUCAGGGGUGCACUAAUGGCGUCAAAUUCGUUCAUCCAUAUGUGUUUGUGUGUGUGUGUGUGUGUGUCUUGACCUGGAAAAGGAUAUCGAGGUAGGACUGGUUUGGCCCUGCCCGUCUGAUGAGGAGGUCGACGAAGGCCAGAUCCUUCGACCUGAUCCACUUGACGAUCAGCCGCAGCUGCUCGCACAGCCGGGCACGGUUGAAGCCAUCCUCUGACAUACAUGACGCACACAAACCAACAAAGGGAAAUCCAUGGAUAAAGGAUAAAGGGCAGUGGGUGAGGUGCACCGCUAGGCCUACCGGGAGCCAGGGGUGUGAUGCGCCUGACGCGGCCGAUGUCGGGGCCGCCGACCAAGUCCUUGUCGAAGUUCUUGCUGUUCUUCUCACGCAUCAGGCACGUGCCGUAGCUCUUGAUCAGCGAAUCCUCCUCUGCACCACACACACACACACACACACGGCCACAUACAAAGGGCAGCGGUUGACACGUGUGUCCGUCUGCGUGCGUGUUUGUGCCGACCGCCCGACUGACCAAGUGAGACACGGACAGUGGCCUUUCUGCCAGUGCUCUUCCACUUGAUUUGCAGCUUCCCUCCUGGGAUCCGCCUGAUGAGCUCCGCAGCCACCUCGGGGCUGCUCACGGGCACCUGCGCCGACCAGCACUCCGACACAUGACCCGGCGACACCUCCCGGGGGUACCCCCAGCACCUCUGCAAGCGACCAACCAGCCAUGUGUCGGUGGGGUGUUUGUGCGGCUGCCCUGCCAUCCAGCCAGCGACUGACCGUGACUUGGUGUGUGGGUAUGAUGUUGUCUCCGCGGUUGAGGGGCAGGUCGAGUUUGCGGCGGAAUUCUUUCUCGAGAAUCUCCUCCAGCACAAUGGGCCCGUUGUCGACGGGGAUGUGGGACACAAACAGGUGGUCGCGCUGACCUGAUUGGCGAACACACAAGCAUACACACACAGGGGGGCCAGAGGGUCGGGUGAGGUGGUGUGCUGUGCUUACGGUCGCAUGCUUCUGCAUGUCGAAACUCGUCCUCCACAGCGAUCUGCAAGGGCUCGCUCGCCACCGACGUGUCGCUGAGACCCCCCUCGCGAAGCCACACCUGAAGGAAAGGCAUACAAAGCCGACUGCCACCUGUCUGUUUGUGUGUGUGUGUGUGUUGGUGCGAUGGAUCCGCAGCUACCUGCACUUGGAACUGGACGGUCUCCAUCGUCAGAGGGAUGGACAGCUCCUCUCGCGCGUCGCUUCUGCGUGUGUUGUACACGAGCUCUUCGAACGGCGCGUUGCACUGGUAGAGGUUGCUGAACAUGUGGCUGUUGCUGGGGUGCCGGGGGUGCUGGCCGUCGAUGAGCCCCCUGAUGAGGAUGCGGUGCCCCACCGCCCUCUGGGCAAGCCCGAAAGGGAUCCGCCAGCUCAGCAGCACACCUCUCGCCACCGGCCGCUGGGUCGCCGGGUCGCGGACCAGCCAUGGCUCUGGCGCCACCUCUGGCCGCACCGGACGGUGGCCUGCAGUUCACACGACAGACACACAGAAAUGCUGGUUGGCUGCUUGGGUCGCUGGUUGGUGUCGUGUUUGUGUGCUGACUGACCGGCGUCACUGAUGGCGUUGUCGACUGUGUCAGCGAGGUAGAGCAUCUCGCGGUAUAUCUCGCCGCACACCGAGAUGCUGGGGAAGACGCGGCCCCGCUCCCAGUGGAUCGGCUCGGCCAAAAAGUCGGCGCGGUCCUUGGCCGUCCACUCGACCGGCAGCUUCACACACCGACCUGUUUUGGCGCUGUCGACGGCCUCUGCGUGCAGGGCGGCGAGGCGAAGGCAGGCGGGAUCGUUGGCCUGGCGCGACAAGGACACAGAGAGACAUGCACGAGGGUGCUGAGUGUGGGCGGACCCGCCUGCCCGCCCGCCUGGUCACCUUGAGCUCGGCGUAUAUCUGGGGUUGGUAGACCAUGUUGAGCCAGGCCACAGCUAUCUUACCCAGGUUGUCGCUGCAGAAGUAAUUGAUGAAAUACUCCUACACACACACAGUGUCACCAACACAUCCAUCCAUCGAUCCAUCCACCCACCCAUGCGCCCACUUGCCUUGAGCAGCCUCUGUCUCUCGGCGGGGUUCUCAAGUGGGUUGUCGUCCCGCCCCGCCGCCCUCCCCUUCGGCCGCGGCUUGUAGUACUCCGCACCAGGGGGAUUGGGCGUCGGCGGAAUCAGGCGUUGGUCCCAUAUCACGUGGUACUGGUCACCUGACAGACACAAAGAGAGACGGAGAGAGAGCGAUGCAUCGGUGUGUCGGUCGCGCACCAUCGAGGUCUGAUCCGCUGAGCUCGUUUGGGUGCGGCCGCGAGCCCUUGACGGGGAAGACUAUGACGUUGACGCAGUGUCGCAGCUCAGGUCUGUCGACCGCCUCGAAGACGCGUGUGUCGCCGGGGUCGAAGCAGGGGUUCUUGGACACAUUCACCCUCCCUGAUGACAGACAGACAGACACAGUGGACCAUUACACAGACAGGUGCAUCUGUGGGGUGUUGAUUGUCCUCUCCCCCCCCUCCCCGCCCUCCACACACACACACCCCGACCGACCUGUGAUGGUGUGUUCGUGUCCGUCUGGGUCCUUGACCCUCACGUGCACCUGCCCCUCCUCCAGUACUCGAGCCUCGCUCUCGUCAGACACACCAUGCAGCACCGCACCUUGCUGUCUCACACAGACAGACAGCCAGACAUCACCAAGCCCACGUAGCUGGCUGGAUGGCUGUGGGUGCAUGGGGCUGGCUGGCUGGGUGGCUGUGUGUGUGUGUAUGUUGGCGCCUUACCUCUACGUAUAGGUGUGUCUUUGCGAGGAUGUCCUUGACGGUGAACCGGCGGAUCUCGCUGAGGCACGCGCGCAGGAAGGGCUCGUCGCUCACGUUGAACCCCUGACGCAGAAAGUCCCCCAGCAGCGCCAAGAAGAAGUGAUCGCGGCCGAGGUGAGCCAGCAUACGCAGCGCCGCACCUGACACAUGACACAUGACACAUGACACAGGGGAGGGAAGAGAAUGCCAGCCAUUGUGUGGCUGGGUCGGUGGGUGUGGGGUGCGCUGUCUACCGUUGUCGUCAAGCGCCUGUCGGAUGUCUGUGAGCAUCUCGUCUUUGAGUUGGUGGAAGACCUCUGGCUUGACGGCUCGGGUGAGGAGCAGCGUGAUAACCUCCCUGUUGAGAUGGAGGGGGAUGAACCGCGCGUGGUCACAAGUCUCCAAUUGCUGAUGGGCGGAACGGUGGGACAGCACGAAAGCGAGCGUCUCCAUGUGUGUGUGAGGGCGUGUGUGGUUGUGCCUACGUCAUGGUGGGCUUUGAACUUCAGCUGAGACUGCCGGACCGCCAUGCGGACACUGAACCACCGGGAAACAGCCCACUCAAUGAAGGGACGGUGCCCCCUCACACACACACAGAGGUGUGGCUUACGGCUCUGGGUGUUUCUGCCUGAAGGAGGGGUCGAGUACGAUCAUGCCCUUGACACCGUUGAACCGAAUCUGACGAACACAGAACACCACACCAGGCCAAGGGGACACUUAUGACGUGACGGACGAUGUGCGGCAGGUAGGUACACACCUGGAAGGCGCAGGGCACAUAGUCGAUCUUGAGCUCCGUCGCCACCUCCUUGGCAACACUCCUGUCGCAAUACCCACACCCAUCUGACACAGCCAAAGCCAAGAAGUCAGGAGGGGUCAUCCAUCCACUCAUCCACCCCGCAACGGACCGGUAAAUUCGUAGUCUCCUCUGUCUGGGUCGUCUGGGUCGAUGGGCGCGGUGAUGUCCUUCUCGACUACCCACUCCUCUGGCGCGAUCCUGAUGGCCUGGCGGGUGGCGCUGAAGCACUGACCCUGACGCGCCGCAUACUUGCCUGCAGGUGGGGGUGGGUGACGCACACACACACACAGAUGGGUGGGCCAGUCGUAUGUGUGUGUAUGUUUACGGCCAGACCAGGCAUGUCGAUGCUCGUGAAGUCGCCCAUGAAGGACUCGAUGUAGACGAACUCCAGCUGCUCAUCUGAAUCAACCACACACACACACACACGACCACAUCCACCCAGCUGCUCGUGUGAGUGCUGGCUACCCCACCCCCCCAUCCCACCAUGCUCCUACCUGGCCUGAACAUCCAGCAACCGCAGUUGCGCAACUGCGAUGACGAGUAGGCCAGCAACUCAUACGGCGGCAGACAGGCCAGGCUGAUCCCUGAAGGAGCGAGAGAGGGAGGGAGGGAGGGAGGGACAACACCAGCACCUCGGACGCCCAACGUACCCCGUGUGGACAUAUUUCGAGAGUCUCUACCUACCGUCAUCGAGUACCUUCUUCAUCCGGUGCGUGACGACUUCGUCCAGCGACGCCUCGUAGAAGAGACGGUCACAGUCCUCCUCUGCAACGAGUGACGGGCAGCAACACAGGAGAGGGCCGUGAAUGUGCGGCAUCAGUUGUGUCUUUCCUGUUCGCCUCUGCUGACCGACGAACGCGACGCGAAGAAAGUUGUCGGUCUUGUCGCGGAACCGACGCAGCACACUGACGAGAAGACACACACAUAGACACAGACAGGGAGUGUCUGUGUCUGUGUGUGGAUGUGGCUAUGUGUUGUGUUGUGUCGUGUUGCAUACCGGUUGGACUGCUCGACGAAGGGCCCCCUGACGUACAUCUUGAGUGGCGUGACGUCGACGUGCAGGAUGCGCAUGCAGUGCUCGGGGUAGUCCAUGAGGGUGUGGACCAGGCCCAGUUGCCGCUGACCACGGGCCGCGAUCCUCUCAAACUCUGAGAACCCGAAACACCACACACAGACAAAGACAAGAGAGAGAGAGAUGCAAUACGCGCGUUGGUCUGUUUGUGGUGGCAGCCAGCAGACCUACUACCUUGUUUCGGGUUCAUGAUGGGCUGGCCGAUCUUCUCCAUCGCCUGGUACAACACACAGACACACUCCAUCCUCCCCUCCCUCCCAUUUGUGCGUUGGGCGGUGGUGUGCCGACCGUCAGACAGUAGAUUUUGACCAUGGGGUCGAGCUGGGCGGCCAGCAGGCAGUCGUUCACGAACGAUGGGUCAAGCUGACCACACAAUGAAUGGCCACAGAAGGGAUCGCAUCCAUCCAUCCAUCCAUUCCCCUCUCUCUUGAACACCGACCCACCGCAUUGGAGCCCUGCAGCAGCCCUGCAUGUAUGACGCGCACAAACACAACAAACACCAGACAAUGAUUGGUACAGGAGUCGGUGCGUGACGAAUUGGUGCUCACCCACCGUUUGUGACCAGCACUUGGUAUGAGGCGAAGAGCAGGAAGCCGUGCUCCCCACUCGUCAGCAGCUCCAUCGACACACUACAAAUCAUCAACACACCACACCACAAACCCAACACACGUGUGUGUGGAGACGUGGCCGCCGAGCCGUUUACUUGUCGUCCAGGCCACCGACCGGUCAAUGCCCGUGAAGAUGUCGUUGACGGAUGGGAUCUGCAGAGGGGGUGCGUCGGGCGGGAGGUCCUCCUGCUCGGCCCGCGGCAGAAAGGUGGGCCUGUCCUGGUGCAAGUGGACGUAGCGGAUGUCCUCGUACGGACACGACGCAAUCCCACCAGACCUGCAGGUGGGGUGGUGAAUGAGGGAACCGUGCGUGUCGUGUCGUGUCGUGCUGUGUUGGGUGCGGUCGGUGUGGUGUGGUGUGGUCGGUGCGGUGUAUAUGGCCGAGCGCAACUACCCGUUGUCGCUAGUGGGCAGCAGCCCUGCCUUCAUGAGCGACGGUGCGAUGUUCUGCUCGAAAUGGGCCUGCAGCCAUCCAUCAAACACACACCGCACCAAGCAUGUAUGGAUGCGUCUGUGUGUGUGUGGGGGGGUGUCAGGCGGGGUCUUCGUCUUACGUGUCGCUUGGGACAGACCACCGUGAUGCACCACGAGGCCUCCAGGGCCUGACAAACACACACAUUGCUGUGUGAGUCAAGGACCACAGGACUUUCUGUCUCCUUUUGCCCUGCCCACCGUGACGUCCUUGGUGCAGGGGUGGACCGUGACGCCGUCGCCCCACUUGCCACCUUUGCCCUUGCCCUUGCCCUUGCCGGCCGCUGGGUGGGCGUCGUCGCCCCAAUCGCUCCCCCACACGCCGUCGUCGGGUCGGCCGCUCGGCCGUGAGGACGACGAAGAAGACGCCCCCAUGUUGCCUCGGGGCUUCUUCGGGCCGCGUGUCUGGUCGAACCCACCCUACACACACGAACAGAGAGACAGUACGGGGCGUGUGUGGGAGUGUGGGAGGGUCUGUAUGUGUGUUGUACCGGUGGCUGGUAGCCGUCGUGUCCUGUGGUGGUGGUGGUGGAUAUGAUCCAGGGGUCGGUCAUGCGGCUGAAGUCGACCCGGUUGUUGGGGCUCUCAUCGGGGCGGUCCGACUCGUCCGGGCUGAGGUGGCGGAAGCCGUCGCCGACGUCACGAUAGGACAACUGCACCGAUCGCACCAAUGGAUAGAGGGACGGACACACGCACACAAGAGGUGUGUGGUGUGGCGUGGUGCGUGUGUGCGGGGUGGUACCUACCCUGGGUGCUCUCGAGAAGAGGAUGACCAGGUGGAUGUCGUCAUCUUGGUCGGGGGCACUGGCAGGGACCAGGAGCACACGCAGCUGGACAUGCUUGAAGGGCCACUCGAGCCGGUAGCACCGGUAGUCCUUGCUGACCACACAUACACAGGGAAGGAAGAGGAUCACAGCACCAUCCAUCCAUCCACUCAUCCGGCGAGGAUGUGUGUGUGCUGUGUCUGUGUGUCUCUGUGUCUGUGUGUCUGUGUGUCAUGCUCACGUGAAUGUUAUCCGCAGCAUCCUCUGGGUGAGGAGGAAGAGGCAGCCGACCACGCCACGCGUCAAGGCGUCACAGUCCUCCUCAUAGUCGUGCUGCACUAAGAGCGAAUUCUGCACGCACACACACACACACACACACAUGGACGGCCAGCUGGACGGACGGAUGAAUGGAUGGUUGGACAGCUGGACGGUGGUGUGCUUACGGCUUUCCGCAAUUGUUUCAGCUCCUUGUACGUCUCUAUAAGUUUUUCCUUGACCUGCGCACACACACCACACACCAGCCCACCAACUGCCCCCCUGCUACGACACACGCCCGCAGGUACUCAGUUGUCACUCAGUCACUGACCAUGUUGCCGAAGUACAGCCGCGUGCCGAAGAGCGCCGUGGUCCGGUGGGAAGGCUUGGAUGCGUCCAGGUCGACCGACAGCAUGGCCUGCAGCGGGCCCUCACGCUGGUGGGUCUCCUGGCAGGCGUGCUCUGCCCUGUCACGGCUGUAAUACCGGAUGACCGCCACGCCAUCGCCCGACAUCCAGAUCCUGGCAGGCACCAAAAAAGCGUUCCAACUUCCCCUCCCUCUCUGCUCUGCGUGUGUGCGUGUGUGCGUGUGUGCGUGUGCGUCAUCCAAGAGAGUACUCACUCAUCGACGAGUCCAUGGUUCUCAUAGGUCUGCCGCAACUCCCAUGCCGUCGUCCGUGGGUUCAGCCCUUUGACCACCAACGUGCCGGAAGACUGCUCGAGGCCCUGCACACGUCAACAGGCAGCCAAGGGGCAGACAGAAUAUGGAUGGAAAUUGCCCUUCUCUCAGAUCACAAAUCAGUGUCGGUGUGCUCACCCACCUCAUGCUCCUUGCGCCAGCUCGUCUGACAGGCUCUGCAUGGGCCGCCCUUGACCAGAAACACAGAUCCUGCAUGACACAGAGACGUCAUGGUCCAUGGCGCGCACACACACACACAGACGGGCAUGAGGAGCAUCCCAUCCCGUAGGUGAGAUCUCACCGUCGAUGUCGGCGUACUCAUGGUCCGCUGCCAUGAUUCAAUCAAC